AGUUAUCGGUAGUGCCGUACGAAUCAUUACAACGUCGGGCCGGGCUGCUCUUCGUGUUUCUCUCUGUGUGGUUUUAUUCUAAUCUAUGACCUAUGCCCCCACAUAACACUUGCUCGUCACUCUUCCGUCUUGACGUCGCGCGUGUGGACAUGUAUUCUAGUUGGAAUCGCACUGUUGCAGUGUUGUGCCACACGAAAGCUAUGUUUCAUUUAAAAUAUUGUCAUUGAGUCACUAAUCAAUGAGUCUUCUCACCAUACAGACUUGGAAUAAAACCAGUCCCAAUUCCGUAGUAACCUAUCAAAGCCUGGCAGAAGCACGGGCAGAAUAGAUUUUUGAAAACGUCACAUCUUCCUUACGUCUCGUGCACCUGGACUAUGUUAUAUUUCAAUAACGUCGUAAGGUUUCGUAAAUGGAAAGUCUUUCUAAUUCUUGGUUUGUUUUCAUUAGCCUUGGGAUUGAAGGUCGUAUUGAAAACGUUGCGAGUAACUGCCGCACAAUUAACUGAUUUGCGAAAAUGUCCGGCAUGUUACGGGCUUUCGAUAUGUGGGGCAAUUUUAAAUAACGAAAUAGUUAUCAGACAUAGAGGUGUUUACGCUACCUUUGCCAAUUUAUUCAAUGCGAAAAAUGUUUUCUUCGGAAAUUAUGCCGGGGAAAAAGUUGUCCUCAAGAAACUCGCUCACACUUCAGAGCUAUACGCAUUUGACAAAAUGCUCUGUACUGAUUCGAAGCUCUUCGAGUUAUGUCCCAACAAUAGCAACAAGAAAUCUGUGCCUCGUGCUAUUGAUUUUUACACACAAAUCACCAGAGAACUAACCACUGAUUUUGCUAGCGACAAUAUAUCCAACCUGAGGCUCUGUCCAAUUACUGAUCACAUGGACGAUCUUCUUUACAAUGUUUAUGCAAAUAGUGGUAAUGAUAAAAAGCAAAUAUCGCAUGCUUACCUCUGGACGAUACUGAGGAUUAAUCCAGAACCAGUAGUCUUACAGAUAUUGCCAACUGAGGACGGAUGGCCGGUACCCAAAUAUUACGGGGCGUGUGGGAGAGUCAUUGUCGAGGAAUACGUAGGUCCCCCGUUAUCCAAUUACCAUCAGGAGCCUUGGAUAAGGCGAGCGAAAAUUGCUUCAAGUCUUCUCGAGGCUGCACAGAAAUUUACCUACCGAAGUCCUCACUUUGGCUUUUACUUGACUGAUAUAUCUCCAGAUAACAUCGCAGUCGACCCCAAAGAUAAUGCAAAAUUCAUUGAUAUGGAAAACAUCAUUGUAGUAGAUAAAAGAAUUCAACAAAAUAACAGAACAUCUGACUGGGAGGAAUUGGAAGUUAACAAGGUUGAUUUCACCUGUCAAAAUUGUUUGGCAUUUUCGCCAGUAGACAUAUGUAGUCAUCAUUUCAGUGAUCAUAAUUAUUAUGCAGUCUGCCAGCACCUCUUAUCACGGACUACAAGCUCCAAUGCAAUACCUGGAGGAUUGCUGCAUGAUAUUCCAAAUGAUAUUUUACAGCAAUACCCAAAUCUCCCAACUCUUAUAGAACAGUGUGCUAUACCUAGUGCAGCACAUACGAGAAUAGUAGUUGGGGAUCUUCUGCGGGAAGUACUGAAUGAGAUUGUGCUAGAGAAUACAAGGCAAAUCCUCAGACAUUAAUUUGACGCAGUUUCAAUCAUUUAUGAUCAACCCAUUAUGUAUUAUAAAUAUUACUCUUAUAAUUAAGAACCUACACAAUUAUUUGGAAGAGAAAAAAAGGAAACGGCAAAUAUUUUUUUACAGAAUAAUAAUGUUGAAUUUACUCAUAUCUAAGUGAUUCAACAAUUAACAAACAAUUUUGUUUUUUAUUCAAACGAACUCCAUGUCAUGAACAAUAAAUUUGAUGCUUAUCAUUG